AUGAUUGGCGCAGAACUAUUGGCUCAAAUAGACCCUCGGUUAAAAGAAAUCACUGGUAAUUAUAUCGAUAAUUUUGGCGGAUUAGAUAUUAUUUUUAUUGGUGAUCUAAGACAACUUCCACCAGUCAGAGCUGCUCCCAUUGACAAAUCCAUUAGUUCAUUUAAUUCUAAAGAAGAUAUUGACACUACUAAUUUUGACGAUGAAGUUGACCAUGUUGAUGAUAUGGUACAUAGCAUGGUACAAAGAUCACAAUUAAUGUUAUCUGAUAUCGAGCCUGAGAAAAAUACUUAUAAUUGUCAUCUCUGUAAAUCAUCUUUUCCAAAAAAAAGAGAUUUAAGCAAACACCAGAAAUCACAUAAAAAAAAUUAUGAAAAUUCUUAUAAACCUAAGAACUCACAUUCCACAUUUCCUGAAGAAUUACACUUAACUAAGCAUAACAAGACACCUGAACCGAAAAAAACAAAGAGGCUUUAUGAAUGCAGUCUCUGCAGAUCAACUUUUCCUACAGCAUCAAAACUAGAAAGUCAUACAAAAUAUCACAUCGGUGAUAGUCCUCUAAUUCAAUGCCAUCUUUGUGAUGCAUUAUUUAUAUUACAAUCAUAUUUAAGUAUUCAUAUGAGAUCUCAUUUUGUAGAUAAACCAUAUCAGUGCCGUCAUUGUUUAGCAACAUUCGCCCAAAAGAAAAGUUACUCUUACCAUUUAAAAACUCACAGAGAUCUUGAAUUGAGGAGAUGUAUUAGGUGUAACAUGUUAUUUUUUCCAAAAACUAAGCUAAUUAAACGUUUUAAAUGCGUCGAGUGUAACAAAAGAUUUGGGCAAAAAGCUGUUUUACGGUCACAUAUGAGAACUCACAGUAUUGAACAAAAAUAUAAAUGUGACACAUGUGGAGUAGUCUUUGAACAAAAAUCUAAUUUAAUUAAACACAUAAAAAAAUACAUUACAAGAAAAUCUCAUACCAAAGAAACAUGUCUAUGUCUUAUCUGUUUAAAAUCGUUUUUUGAAAAAAAGGAACUUACACUACAUAUUAAAUUGCAUAUGAAGAAUAUGUCAUCUGAAUGUUUGAUUUGUAAAAAACCAUUUCUACAAGUACCUGUCUCGGCUAAAGUAUUAAGAGAUAUAACUGGAAAUAAAAAAAAUAUAUGCGAUGUGUGUUCUGUCAUCUUCUAA